AUGGCAUCCCCGGCCGCAUCCUCUGAGCUCUCUGAACCACCAGCAGACGAGUCGGACAUUGACCACGAACACGAUGAUGGCGACGUGGAUGGCGAAGGGGAGGGAGACGGGGAUCUGGAUCACGACCAGCGGAGCACCGCCGCGCCAUCAUCACGGCCCAGCGUCGAUAUAUCGCAUACCGAUAUGGAGCAUCUGGCGCCGCCGGCCAAGCGGCGAAAGACUACCUCUGGGCUCGCCUUUGACCGUGCCCCAUCAUCACAUGCGGAAGAGGACGAUGACACAUUGAGCAUCUCGUCGGACGGAUACAGCAGUGCGCCCGGUUCUGACGACGAGUACGCGCUGCGGGAACAGGCACAAACACUAUGUCUCUGGCGCGACUGUGACUACGGCACCGCCAUCAAUAACGAUGAGCUGGUGCGCCAUGUUCAGGGCACCCACUGCGCUACUGGCGGGCCUAAGAGGACAAAGUACGUGUGCGAAUGGGGCGAGUGCCAGAAGAAAACGAGCAAUCAUCCCAGCGGCUACGCGCUCAAGGCGCAUAUGAGGAGCCAUACCAAGGAGAAGCCUUACUAUUGCUCCCUGCCGGAAUGUGACAAGGCAUUUACACGUUCAGAUGCCCUUGCCAAACAUAUGCGCACCGUCCACGAGCCAGAGGCCGCCAAAGGGACCGCGGCUCAAGCCAGCGAAGCUACUCCUCCAGGCAAGAAGGGCAAGGCGAAGCUCACCAAUGGUAAUACCCCCUCGAAGGCCUUAUCGACUCCCUUCCCAGACGCCGGUCUCCCUCUUGAUGAGGACGGUAACGAGUAUGAGCCCACGCUUCCAACCGACAAUAUCACCUACAUACCGGCACACCAUCCCCUCACUGGGCAGCCGGGCUUUAUGAUUCACUACCCGCCUGAUAUUCAGUUCACCGCAUGGGAGAGCAGUAUUGCUGCUGAUCAGUUGAUGCGAUUGCUGCGGAGGCAACUUCACUGGGCACAACAGGACAGCGAGGGGCUGCGGAGCGAGAUCGAGCAAUUAGAACAGCAGCGGCGGGACGAAUGGACUCUGAAGGAGAUCUUACUCGACGGARUCAUGGAAGCUGAGUAUGCGGCUGCUCAAGGCGAUAACGUACUUCGAGACGUCGAAGAACGCGUGCGAGAGGCCAUGGAACGUGAUAUUCAGCCGGCAAAAUCACUCGGCUGGACCGGGGAAGAGCCCAAAUGGCGUCGGCCACAGCCACCUCAAAUUCGCGAUGACGGAGAUGUUCCGAUGAAUGACAAUGGCGCAGAGACUCCGGGCCAGGAUCGAAGAACGCAGUCCCCGCCGCCGACCGGCGUAUCCGGUGGCUUCGACGGUGAGGAGGAUCCUUAUGACAAUUAUCUCAAAGCCAGAAUGGCCGAAUACGAGGAGAGGCAACGGCUGCGAAAUCCAUCUACGUCUGCCAAAGUCAGCGAACCUCAUUCAGCAGAGGCGGAUGCGGUCGGGGCUCUGGUGGGCAUGCAGAGCAAUACAUGA